AUGUAUGUGAAUUGUGACGGUCGUGUAUUUAGUGUCUUCGAAGACCGCAUUUAAUAUGAAUAUAAUUCGCGCACUGUAAUCGAUUUGUUUUCGUCAAAAAUCGCACUGAGUGACAUGCUCAAUAAUAAAUAAACUUUGUAUUUUAUAAGGAACGUCGAGAACACCUACCAAGAUGGCAAAGGAAAUGAUGAUAGUGUUUGUGUACGACACACAGUGCUGCAUGGCUGAGGAAGAUGACCCUGCUGAAGCUGUACUUUACUUCCAUCCCGGAUGGGUGUCAGACACUCAGCGUUUAGCCCUCGCUGGACAGGUCGUUGGUGCUGCGCACUGCAUCAAAUCCCUCUUCUCACAACCAAUGGCCAUCACGUUGCAGAGUGGUAAAUUUAUUAUCAGGGAAUACGGCAGAUAUAUUUUGGCAAUAGGUAGUGAUCGAAACAUCCCCGACUGGGUGCUUAAGAACCGAGCGAGUCUCCUGACAUCUAUGAUCAAAGUAUACCAUGGCGACCUUCAAGCUCUAGCGGCUAGUAUGGAGGAUCAAAAGAGACUGGCUGAGAAACUCUACCAAAUCUUUGAGACAUACCUUCCAGUGCUCCAAUUCGGUUGUCAUAUAUUCCAACGAGUGCCAAUGCUGAGUCUUCCGAAGAGUGCCACGUCUAUUUAUAUGGAAUCAAUGCAAAUACUAGAACAUUGUCGACGCAGUAAAGGAGUAUUAGGAGGUGUCAUACUUUACAAUAACAAAAUAAUUUCGACGCAACUACCACCGAGUUUGACGUCAUAUUUAACUGUAGUAGACCCUUAUCGAAUAAAAUCUCCAGCUGAGAGCCUGGAAACACAGAUACCUUUGCCAUUGGGUGCUCAAUUAUUAGUUGUCUAUGUGGGGAAAAAAACUUACAAUAAUCUAAAAUCCCAAACUGAUAAAUUGCAGGAGUUCUUCCAAAAGGGAGAAGAAGUUAUAGCAAAAUAUAAAAAGACACAAGAAGCAGAUCGUGAUAAGGCGCGUGACUAUGCUACAUCGGGUAUGAAAAGAGACAAAUCAUUACUCUUUACUGCCGUUCCCGAAGAAGACCAGUCAAUGAUAUCACCUCCAAACAAGGAAGAAAAUACUGGUGUAGAAAGAAAACCUAGUAUGCCUGACGUUGUACCUUUCACAAAUAAGCCGAGACCACGACCGAACAAAUUGUCCUUGAGUUUUAAAACGCAGAAAUCAUUAGAUGAAGAUGCGAAAGAAGACGAAAAAGUAUUUACGGGCCAAACCAGUGUCUGUUCAACACCUAUGGUCGAAUAUAAACGGUUGCACGGCAACAUGCUAUCCAUUUGUCAAAAUCCUGAUAACGAAGAUAAUUCAAAUCUCGAACCAGAUGUCCUUAAAAACGUAGAUAAUUGCACGAGCGUCGUUGGAGACGAAAAACGUGAUACUAAAGCAGUUUUGGACACGAAUUACAUAGGCGAACAUUUCAUCAAUAAACCAGAGCCCAUACGUAGACUCGCAAGUGUCACAGACCUGCAAGAGACAUUUAAGAAGCUUUCCUCUAGAACGUCUUCUAAAUUUAAACUAAAAAAUUCCAAAAUAGACGAUACUUCUAGCCCGUCGCCGGAACACAAGUGUCAAAAUACAAUGACCAUUAACGAUCCUCUCUUUCCAGUAUUUAGGAAUGAUGGUGUCGCAAUAUCAGAAUCUCUUUUUAACCAAUAUCUUGAACAGUAUUAUUCAGGAAUCAAACAAAAGUCGAAAGAUGAAAAUAUGUUCAACUUCAAUUUGAAACUGUGUGAACUGGACAAAUUUAAAGAUUUCGACUCAGAACUAAUGAAAUCACCGCAGCGAACGCCUAAAAAAGUUGCCAAAGAGUCAACAAAAACAUUACAAUCAGAUCAAUCAAAACGAAAGUCUCUUUCAUUGCCCUUAAAAUCCUUAUCAGAAAAUACAGAUACGCAACCUGGUUCGGAUUCCGAUGCGAUAAAUUUAAAGAAGAAAUUAUCCGGUGUUCAGUUGACGCCUCUUAUGGAAAAAUUAAGCCAUUUAGCAUUUUCGGACAAAUCCAGUGGAUACAGUAGUAGAGUUAUGACACCUUUAGAAUUAAGAGAAUUUAUUACUCCAGCUUUAGAAAAACAAGUAACAUUUUCUGGGAGAACAAAAGAACAUCGUCAAGACGACAGUGACGAAUCGGAUGCAGAAUCAGAUUGUGACAUAGAAUUGUUACCGUCAUAUAGUGAGAAUGCUGUCAAAUGCGCUCUUUUUGUAAGCGGCUUGCACAAUAUGGCGUUGCUAGCAUUGCUCGACAUGGAAGCGGCAAAUGAUGCUGAUACUAUUAAUUCUUUGUGGGAGACAUCAUUAAACGCAUUAGGUCCAAUCGAACAAAAGUGCAUGGAACCGUUGGCAACAGAAACAGACACUUCGGACUACAGCUACCUCGUACUGGACCCCGACUGGGGCACGGUAAAGAAAGGCGGACCCUGGGCCGCGCUCGAUAUCGCAACCAUGGGUUUCAUACACAACGAAUUUGAGGAACGACCGGAUUUAACCGAAUUCAUUUUACGGAGCGAAGACAGUGUGGUACUGGGCGCGUCGUGCGGCAAGGCGCAAAUAUACUACCAGGAGAAGGGCGUGCGUCAGGCGGGGCCGCCCGCGCCGUCCGACGUGCUCGCCACCGCGCCGCUGCGCGCGCGCCGCCGCCUGCACCGCGACCACUCCGCGCUGCUCUUGUAAGCACUCGUGUGUCGUGACCGGACGGCUCGACUGCUGACUCGGACCGGACCUCUUCGUGGGCUUCGUGACUUAAUACGAGAGUCGUCGUCUUUUAGGAUUUUUAUGGUAACGUGUGGAGGGUAAAAUGUACUAUGAAUACAAUUCGGGGUGACAAAUCUUUGAGUCCAGCCGAUGAGAUAAUUCACAUUCCAUAAAAGUAAAACGAGAUCCCGUUUCUUUAUUACUAAUUAAUUUAUUUUAUAAAUGGUUUUUAUCUGCCGAUCCGUGUAACGUUAUAUACAUACGAAAAUUUUACGUUAUAACAUUUACACAAUACGAAAUAUUUAGAUAGUUUGAUACAAGGUUUUACGAUAUUGACUUAUGUUUAUUUCAUAAUAUAUAUUUUUCUAAAUUUGUUUAAAAAAUAAAUCUAAAUUAAUUUAAUUAGGAAAAUUUCUAUUACGAUAAAAAAUUAAUUAGAUUUUUUUAAAUUUGGUUGUAAAUAUCGAGUGUAAUGAAUUUAGACGGUUUUGUCAGAGGAUUAUGAGAUUACUAACCAUAAGGAGUGACAAAGACCAGUGCUGGUUGAUUAGAUCCUUUUUGUCUUAAAAGAUACCUAUUCAUAUUUGGGUAAAUAACGUGUAAUUAUUUGCUAAUUCCGUUAACUAAAUAAUUCAAGGAUAAAUUGGGGAUAUCGGUCAGUCGGACCGAAGUAAUCGCGUCAGUUUUCUCUGUGUCCUUCUAUUUAAUAGCAGAUGUCUGCGCUCAAUGCGAUAGGCUAAUAUUGAUAGGGACAGAUCGUUUGUAUAAUAGUUUAUAAAAUUUAGUAGCCAUUUUCGAUUUCAUAGAAGGUAGAGAACUUUUAAAAUAAAUAUUCCGAU